ACGAAACGGAGGAGAUGGGGUGCCGUUUUGGGUCAGGAGUUUGCAGUUGCAGUAGCACCUAAAUCCUCUUCGAAUCUGAGGAACCUGGAACCUGAAGGCGUUGACGAUGAAACUCCCAGUGCGUUACUUGAUCGUCAUUUUGACCUUCAUAUGCACAUCAGUUUGCUACAUCGAAAGAGUUGGGUUUUCAAUCGCAUACACAGUUGCUGCUGACGCUGUUGGAGUGAACCAAUCGAGCAAAGGAGCAAUACUAUCGACGUUCUACUACGGAUACGCGUGUUCUCAAGUUCCAGGAGGAUGGGCAGCACAGAAAAUUGGUGGCAGAAGGGUUCUGCUUCUUUCAUUCGUAUUGUGGUCAUUGACAUGUGCAUUGGUUCCUCUGGAUCCCAACCGAGUUAUGGUUUUGGUCAUUGCUCGUUUGCUCGUUGGUGUAGCGCAGGGUUUUAUAUUUCCCUCCAUCCACACAGUUCUGGCACAGUGGGUUCCCCCUCACGAAAGAUCCAGAUCUGUCUCUCUAACCACUUCUGGUAUGUAUUUGGGUGCAGCACUCGGAAUGCUGCUUCUUCCAAGUCUAGUCAAAUUUAGAGGUCCUCAAUCUGUGUUCUUCGCCGAGGCUGCAUUGGGUGCUCUGUGGUCUUUACUUUGGUUCAGAUACGCCACUGAUCCCAAAUCCACUGCCUCUGGUGUGGGGGAAUCGUUGCUACCCGUCAAUAAAAAAGUUGACUCUCACAACCAAAAACCAGUUUCAGCCAAAAUCCCUUGGCUCCAAAUUUUAACCAGCUUCCCCGUUUGGGCCAUUGUUGUCAACAAUUUCACCUUUCACUAUGCUUUAUAUGUGCUCAUGAACUGGCUCCCAACCUACUUUGAAUUGGGUCUUCAGCUUAGCCUUCAAGAUAUGGGAUCCUCCAAAAUGAUGCCAUAUCUCAACAUGUUCCUGUUCUCAAACAUUGGGGGUGUUGUUGCUGACUACUUGAUCACAAGGAGGAUAUUAUCUGUCACUAAAACAAGGAAAUUCUUGAACACAGUAGGGUUUCUGGUUGCUUCUCUUGCCUUGGUGGUGAUUCCCAGUUUCAGAACUUCUGCUGGUGCUAUCUUCUGUUCUUCGGUGGCUCUUGGUUUCUUGGCUCUUGGAAGAGCUGGGUUUGCAGUGAACCACAUGGACGUUGCGCCGAGAUAUGCUGGAAUUGUGAUGGGUGUUUCCAAUACCGCUGGUACCUUAGCUGGCAUUGUUGGUGUUGACCUCACUGGGAAACUUCUUGAAGCUGCCAAGGCUGCUAAUUCUGAUCUUUCAAGUCCACAAAGCUGGAGAGCGGUGUUUUUCAUUCCUGGAUUUUUAUGCAUUUUUAGUUCUUUCGUAUUCUUACUAUUUUCAACUGGGGAGAGAAUUUUUGACUGAGGUACCCUUGUUAUUUUCAUCAUGCCUCAUGAGCUGUUAUUCUGGAGAUUUAAUUUUUAUUACAUCUCCAUGUUAUAUCAUUCUUGGAUAGGGGACGUCGUGUACAAAGCUCCACAGCCAUAACUUUUAAGCAGUCUUCAUGGUGCUCUGUCAUAACGGAUAUGAUUUUUUUUUUGUAUUGUUAUUAUUUCUCCAACUUGUACCAUUCCUAGUUAGUAAAGGUUAAAACCCAGUUUGCAUCAGGAAUGAUUCUUAUCGUUUCUUUAUGGAUGAAACUCGUUCUAGUAUGAUUUAAAAGAUUGUGCAUUUUUCACUUUCUGAUACAUUUGUUGUUUUCAAUAGAUUGGAAAGAUGGUGCCACAAGCAUGUACCCCCACUCCCUCCUUUCCAUUUUUUUUCCUACUUGCCCCUUAUUUAUUGGAUGACAUUUUCGCCCUUCCCCUUGCUUGAUCUUCUCAAUCAAUUAUCAAUGCAUUUGACAUUUGAGGGUUGGCUCCAGAAAUAAUUGGCUGUGCAGUAGUCAAUAAAGCUUGGAGCCUUGCCUCUACAGAAAGAGAUGACCUGUUGGUGAUGUUGGGGUUUUGGGGGCAUAUGUGCAGGAAGAGGGAACAAAUAAUGGACAGUUCAGGAACUGUCAACCAAGAUGAAAAUGGGAAAGGAAAUGAUUGGUGAAUGUGGUUAUAAAGCCUGCAGGUGCAAGGAAGGGAAUCAUCAAAGCAAGACUGCGUCCUGAAAGCUUGACGUGGAAGGAAGUGCUAGGCUGCUAUCGUAUGCAAUGUGAAUGGAGUAAUAGAUCAAGGGCUAUAGGCACAGAAUACUGGCAUAUCUUUACAAAGGAGGCCCAUGACUAUGAUGAGCAUCAAAAUGAGAGAUCAUAGCUAAAGGAAACCAAACAUCAACAACCAAAUGAAUGAGAGAAAUACCUACUAUAUAUUAAUGAGAGGCAUGGAAUCUGAGAGCAAUGAGUGAGUCAGACUGACAAAGGGAGAGAGGUCAUAGCAAUCCAGGUAAGAAUUUCAAACUGUGGAGGAGCAUUGUUAUUCAAUGCUUUUUACUUUUCAUGAGGCAACAUAUUUAAGUGUUUUGUUACAUUUUUAGCUAGAGUGGCUAAUUAUUUUUAGAUUUCCUCAAACUGGAUGUUGAUUUCCUCAAUUGGUGACUAAUUGAUUGUUUAUCACUAGAAAUUAAAAAAACAAUUGCUGACUAUUAGCAAGAUUUUAAAUUAAAUAUAUAUUUUUUAAUUUUCCCGUUUUCUUAAUCUAAUUUAAAUUUAAAACUUAGCAUCUUAGAUGAGAGUUUUGUAGGUGCUGUUUCAUCAUGGGGAUUUAAUAAAUAGUGUGUUGGAGGAAAAAUUAGAGUUACACUUGUUUAGGAAAAGAUUAUAGAAUCCCAUCUAAGUUUUGUCAUACGAGGAAAAGACCAAUGAAAGCCGCCCCAGUAAACUGACUAUUCGUUGGUAUUAUAAGUAUGCAGUUACAAAUAAGCCAGUCAAAGGAAUUAAACCUAACAUAUCUAUCUUAAUGAUCAAUAUCUAUCUUUUUUUUGGAAUAAUCCAGAUAGAAUAACUUCAAUAACUUUUUUUUGGAAAAGGAAAGGGAGAGGUAAUAUCUAUCUUCAACUAUUAAUCUGUUUUGAUCACAAAUCUUAAUGAUCAAAAAUUGGAAAUUGACGGCAAACCCCGUAAGGAACUAGAAAAUAUCUUGAAUAUCCCAAGAUUUCCAAUUGCUUUCACAUUUCAAAUCGACUCGGUACGUAAUGGGAAAGCUUGUUGUGUAUUGUACUUAGAUGUUUUGUUAUUAACUGCCAGUAGUAUGGGUUUGUUGACUGAAUAUGGACAAGUAGUAUGAUAGUAUGAUACUUGGCAUUUUCUUUUGUUCCGAGUCUUUUCCUGUGUACUGAUGUAAACUUUAUUUUCCUCUGUAAAUUAGCUACUUCGUAGUCAAGACAGAACAUAGAGAUUUUUCUCUGCAUAACAGUGAAUUGUUCUACCAUAUUCACAUAUAAAAUG